CGGAGGCCCGUGCGGCCAGGCGCUGCAACACCACGAGCAGCGACCAGCGCCCGCGGCCGCACAGCCAAUUGACAGGACGCAGCCGCCGCUCACGCCCGCCAUGGCUCUCCUCGCCCGCACAGCACGCAGCGCCCUCCGCGAGACACGGGCUACCCUGCCGGCGACGCUCCUGCCUCUCCGCGCCCACAUCACAACCCAGUCACACACGCUCGACGACGGCAGCAUCCCCGAGCCGCUGCUGCAGUCCGGCCAGCGCGUCUCCGCCGCCUUGAAGGAGAAGGUCCAGUCGCACACGCUCUCGCCCAAGGCGCCCGCGCCGGCCACACCGCACACGCCCAACACACGCCUCGAUGUCAUCUCCAAGAAAGUCACGCCGUCGAUACGGAACCUGCUGCCCCUGCUGCACUCGCAGCCCGCCCACUACAUGACCCUGCACAUUCACGGGCGCCCGUACCUGCUCACAAAAGGCGACACCCUGCGCCUGCCGUUCCUGAUGCCCGACGUCAAGCCCGGCGACGUCCUGCGCCUGACGCGCGCCACCCACAUUGGCUCGCGCGACUACACCCUCAAGGCUCCGGAGUCGCUCAAGGGCAACGCCGACCACGCCAAGAAGGUGUUUUACCUCGACGAGCGCCUGUUCACCGUGCGCGCGCGGGUCGUUGGUAUCGAGACAGAGCCCAUGCGUGUCGAGGAGAAGACGAAGCGCAGACAGCGCCACACCAAGCACGUCUUCAGCAAGAUGCGAUUCACCGUGCUAAAGAUCAGCGAGAUGGAAGUGAAGAGCCUGGAAGCGUACGAACAGGCGCUGACUGGCGAGGGCGAGGCGUAGACACGAGGGUGGUUUGGAUGACAUGUAUCUGUUGAUUCACGGAUCAGUUCAACAGUAUUGGAUGUAUUAUAUGUGUCGAUAUCAUCGCCAUGGGAUUCUUGGCUGGAGUAUAAAACCGUGUACACGCUAUUCGACACGAAAUUCAUCAUUGCAUACGACAUCUUCAAUGUCUCGAUUCUUUCAGGUGUCACACGCAUCUCCCACUACGACGAAAUCACUCUCUGCAGGUGCAAUUGCUGUUGCCAAAAACUAGCACCUUCGCAGCUUCCACCCUUCACUAGCUGGCUCUCUAAACCCAUCCCAUACCUCAGCAACCCACCUCUCAGGUAUCCGCAGGACAGCAGACCAAACGGCAAAAAUGAAUGUAUUACAUACAACAGUGGGGAUUCCCCAGUGGUCACCCACCUGAGUACUAAUCCACCGGUACGUUGCUUAAAUAGGGCUGAGCGAACGGGAAGCCUUGUUUUCAACGUCCUAUGGUCGUAUGU